AUGAUUUUGACUGGUAUUCUUCGUCACUAUGCUACCGUUCUCAUGGCCACCACUCCCAAGAAGCAAGAGCUCCCAGCCAUUCGCGAACAGCGAUCCCUCCUUCGAGGCAUUAAUCUCCGCAACAACGCCCAUGUUCUCACUCCCGCCGCUUUCCAACCCCGUAAAGAUUAUCUCGUUCAAGCAUUUGAAGAAGGAAAGUUCUUGAAGGAGCCAGAGAAGAAGGGACAAGCCGCUCCAAAUCCUAUGACAGAUCCCGCGGCUAUGGAGGGAAUGAUGGGUAUGAUGAAGGGAAAUAUGUCCAUGAUGAUUCCGCAGACUUUAAUUAUGGGCUGGAUUAAUGCAUUUUUCAGUGGAUUUGUUAUUAUCAAACUACCAUUUCCCUUGACGAUCAAGUUCAAGACUGCCAGUCAAAUGGCUCAACAAAUGGGUCAAAUGGGCCCUGGAGCAGGCGCACAAAUGUUUGGACCAGGUGUAGACCCCGACAAGCAAUUCCAAGGAGAGGCCGAGAAUUUAUCUGUAUUGGCGCACAAGAGCACAUUAGAAGGCGUAGAGGAGAGAUUAUUGGAAAGUGUGAGGGUAUAG